AUGGAAGUGGGGGUGGUAAUGCCGGUUCCGGCACCGGCCUCGACGGAAUUCAACUUCGAUAGCUCCUGCUCUUCCCCUUACAUCACCGCUCCUUCCAGCCCUCAGCGUUUCGGCACCAACUUCUUCUUCAGCGCCCCCACCAAUCCCAACGCCAAAUCCUUCCUCCGCGACAUCGACGAUUCCAUGGCCCUCUCCUUCGCCGCCGCCGCCGCGGCCGCUGACUCCUCCUCCUCCGCCAUUCCGUUCUAG